UUUAGUAUAAUUUCGCCACAAAAAAAGCAAUGCUACCAGCAUAAUCUAUAAAGACCUACAGUCGCUCCUGGGGGUUUAUAAGGGAUUAUCAACGUAGUUGAUGCGGAAGUUGUAGUAAUGAGACCAUGAGGAGUUUUGGCGCGCCUGGGAGCUUGGGACUGAACUUGUUCCAAUAUGGCGUCAGGAAAGAGUUCCAAAUUUGACAAAGUUCUUGUCGUUGUGGGCGCAGUCGUGAGCAUAAAUGUAGUUUCAAUCAUUGGAACCUACUUCUUGGACAUAAAGGAGAAAACUAAGUAUAAACUUAUCCUGAUUCAAAGCUUGCUGGCAACACAAUCGCUCUUGUUUUUCACAUCAAGAUAUUUAUGGUUACGUUUAUGUUCUCCACUUUUCAAUUCUCCUUCCGUUCAAAACAGAAUUAUUUUCCUUCUUUUGAUCGUGGUUCUCAUCUUAGCCCAAGGAAGUAUUAUGCUGGGGACUAUAUUUUCUGGAGUUGAGCCGCAUUGGAUUUCUUUGUUGUCUUACAUAUGUUUAGGAUUAUUUGUACUGUUGACAACGGCGACUUUUCUUUCUGAUUUCGUGACGUGGCUGUUUGGAGCUGUAAACACGCGUUCCGGUUCACUUACAACAAAGUCACGCUAUGCAAGAUUUCACGUCAUCGGAAUCAUCAUUAUUUCAUGUGUAUUGGCGAUGGUAGCACUACAUAAUGGCCUCAAAGAACCGCUCGUGAAGAACAUCAAACUACCCGUUAAGAAUCUUCCUCCAGAAUUAAAUGGAUUCACAAUUGUUCACCUUCCUGAUCUGCACGUUGGGCCCACUGUAGGGAAGGCCAUGCUGGAAAAAACAGUUCGAGCAGCAAAUCAAUUAAACCCAGAUGUUAUUGCCUUAACUGGAGAUCUGGUUGAUUCAACUGUGUAUCAGAUUCGACAGGCAGUAAAACCACUGCUUAAGUUAAAAGCAAGAUAUGGUGUUUAUUUUGUGACAGGAAACCACGAGUAUUACACUGGUGAUGUUGAUGGUUGGCUAAAAGAGCUGGAAUAUCUUGGUGUGACACCUCUGCACAAUUCUCAUGUUAUGUUAACACAUCCGGACAAGCCCCAUGCAAAAAUUUUCCUCGCUGGUGUAGAUGAUGUAGAAGGUGGAUUUCUGAGAUCUGGAGAUCACGGUAGUGAUUUAACCAAAGCACUGAAAGGAGUUGACAAAAACAUUCCUACAAUUCUACUUGCUCACAGACCUAAAGUAGCUAAGCUUGCCUUGGAUGAUUACAGUGUAGAUGUUGUCCUUGCUGGCCAUACACAUGGAGGGCAGUUAUUUCCAAUACAUCUGUGGCACUUGGUCAGGGAACCAUACUUUGCAGGAUUGUACCAACAUAAGUCAGGAUCAUAUGUUUAUGUAUCUAGUGGAGUCCAUUUCUGGGGCAUGCCAAUGAGAUUAUGGUCUGAGGCAGAAAUCACUCAUGUCACUUUAACUACUACAAGUUAAAUUACUUUUGUCUCAGUUUGUUUUUCCUAUGACGAUUUGUUUAAAUACAUUGUGCAACAGUUCAAAUAUAUGAUAUUCAU